AUGGAUGGCAACUUUUAUUACAACGAAUAUAAUAACAUAGAUAGUUAUGUAAAUAAUUUUACUGAAAAUGCUUAUAUGAAUGCUAAUGGAAAUUAUAAAAAUUAUUAUAAAGGGUACAAUGAAUUUGAAAAUGUUGAAGAUGGCUCAAAGGCUCAUAGUUGCCCCUCAACCGGUACAAACAAUAAUCCCAUAAUAUGUUCUAGCAAUAUAAAUACAAAUAUUAAUAAUGUCACUACUAUGAAUAGUAAUGAUGGUAGUAUGCCCAUCGAUUCGAGGUGCACGCCAUCAGAUGGAAAACUAAAUUAUAGUGGUUCUAAUAAUGGCAUUACUCAAAAUAGAAAGAGAAAAGGCCAAACUGAUGAAAGUAAUAAUAAAAAACAUAAACGAAGAAGUUCUUGUAUAAUAUGCUCAAAAAGUAGUACCAAAUAUAAAUUUGCAUGUUGUCGUGAAUACUAUUGUUCAUUAGUAUGCUAUAGAACUCAUAACACAAAAGAAUGUUUUGAAAAAAAUAAAAAAAAUUCCGAUAAAACAAAUUCCAAUCAAACUCGUGGAUUUAAUUCGGAAUCUCACCAAACUCAACAAACAAAUGGUACAGACAAUGCAAAUAAUACAGAACCCGUUUUGUUAUCAGAGGAACAGAAAAAUAGAUUAAAGGAUGAUUUAGCACUUCGAUUAUUACUCAAAAAUAAUUAUGUUCGUUCCAUUUUUAAACAAUUUACUAUAUCCAAAGAUAAAAUUACAUACUUAUCGCAUUACAUAAAUGACCCAACAAUUGUACAAGUGAUUGAUCAUAUCAUGAAAACUAUAAACUGUUAA